AUGUUAUUUUUUAUGAAAAAAAAUAUUUUUAAUAUUUCUCAAUAUUAUGGAAAUUUUAUAUGUAGAAAUAAAUUAUUUGAAUUAGGUUAUCCAUUAUUUUUUAAUCUCGAUAAGCAAGUUUCACUUAUAUAUAAUUUAUUUAAUUCAAAAAGUAAUUUAUUUAUAACUAAUGCAAAUAUUAAAAAAUAUUUAAAUUAUCUUAUGAAUGCAUAUCAAAAUGAGGAUGAAAGAAAAGGGAAUAUUUCUGAAAUUCUUAAACUACCUGAAAUUCCAUCAUUAUUGAAUGAAAAAACUAAAAUAAUUGAGAAUAUAAAGAAUUUAGAUGAUUUUAUAAGUGGCAAUGAAGAACUAAAGAAUCUUGCAAAAGAGGAAGAAUUAACGUAUAUGGAACAGCUAUUACAGAUUGAUGAACAAAUUUUAAAUAUUAUUAUAAAAUAUAUAGAUGUAGAACAUUAUGAUAAUAUUAUUAUGGAAAUAGUACCAGGUGUAGGUGGUCAAGAAGCUAUGUUGUUUGCUAGAGAUUUAUUAAAUAUGUAUAUUAAUUACUUUGAUCAUAUAGGAUUUAAUUAUGAAAUAUUAGAAAUAUUAAAUAAUGAAAUAAAUGGAUUAAGAAAAGCUACUCUGCUUAUAUCUGAUAAUAAUGCAUUCAAAAAGUUAAAAUAUGAAAGUGGUGUACAUAGAGUACAAAGAAUUCCUGCAACAGAGAAGUCUGGUCGUUUACAUACUAGCACAGCUGUUGUAACAAUCUUACCAGAACCUAAAGAUGUAGAUAUUAAUUUAGAAGAAAAAGAUUUGAUAAUAGAAUCAAAAAAAGCAUCUGGAGCAGGAGGUCAACAUGUAAAUACUACAGAUUCUGCAAUUAGAAUAACUCAUAUACCUACUGGUACAGUUGUGACUUGUCAGACGAAUAGAUCUCAAAUAAAAAACAAGCAAAUAGCAUUAACAAAAUUAAAAAGUGUGUUAUACCAGGAAGAAUUAAAUAAGCAAGUCUCGUUCAUUAAUCAAAUACGUAAGAAACAAAUAGGAAAAAGAUUGAGAAAUGAGAAAAUUAGAACAUAUAAUUUUAAUCAAGAUCGGGUUACGGAUCAUAGAAUUCCAAAUGGUACAAUCCAUAAUUUGAAAGAAUUCAUGAAAAAUGGAACAGCUCUGGAAAUACUAGAGGAUAGGCUUUAUAAAGAUAUGCAAUCAAAGAUUACGCUGGAGAUUAUAGAGGACAUGUUAAGUCAAUUAAAAUAAUAGUUCAACAUUUAUCAUUUUGAUAAGAAAUUUUCAUUUUAUAUAGGCAAGCCAUUGUACAUAGCAAAUUGUAAUAAACUCUGUGUAAUACAA